CCCAUACAAUAAUUUCUCCAUGUAAAGACCCCCUCCUUCUGUACUCUCUCACAGCAGAGAAAAGCUUGCGGGUGUUCAACAAUGCCAAUGGCGUUCAAAACGAUGCUCGCUACCCGCUUCAUAAAACCCUACCCCUCAAGCCGCUCCUCCACAACUCUGUUUGCUCGAUUCGCCUCUUAUCGUCAUCCACCAUCUCUCAUCGUUGCUCGGUCGAUUACAUCUUCAGAUUCCGAUUCCGAUUCCGACGAUUCUGAAACCCCAAUCCCCAAAGGUUGUCCAUUGAUGAACCCAUUUCUUGCAAGAGGAAGGGUAUUCCCUUAUGUGAUGAAAGACACAGAGCACUCGUUUGUGGCGAAGGUGGAUUUGCCUGGUGUUUCCAAAGAAGAUUUGAGGGUUUGGGUUGAAAACCACCAUCUCCACAUUAAAGCAGAGGAAGAGGAAGAUGGUGAUAACGAAGAAGCUGUUUCUGAUGAAGACAUCGACGAUGAAGACGACGGUCAGAGGAAGUACAUUGGGUCCAUUCCAAUCCCCAAAGGCGGCUAUAAGAUGGACCGACUCAAGGCUCAGAUGAGGAACGGUGUUCUCAAGCUCGUCAUUCCCAAGCUCAAGCUCGAGGAAAGGAAAGACAUCACCAUCGUCCCAGUCAACAACUGAGAGCUUCAAUUGGCUUUCAAGUUAGCUCGAUCAUCAACAUCAAUGGUGAUACUAGUAUAUUAGUAGUUUCUCUGUUGUGUUAAUGUCUUGUGUUCUGUUUUUAUUUUUUAUUUUUAUUUUUUUGAACUUUUGUAAAUUGUGGAUGGUCUGAGUAAAUUGAUGGGGCUUGACUUG